UUUAAAAUGAAAUGCAGAAAAAACAACCCGCUCCCCCUCCGUUUGGGCUUUACUUAAACCUUUCUUUUUUUAGUUAUUUUGAUUCCACAACUCCCAUAAUAACACACAUCACAGUGAAAGAAAAAGGCAUGGCGCUUUGGUUUUGCUCAGCAAGGUUUCUUGUUUUCCUCUUCAUCGUAUCCGCACUUCCAAUCGCUUACAUAAUCUCCCAAGAACGCGCCAAGACUGACCACCACGUUUUCCACUACCACAGCUCAGGCUUUUUCCGCGAGUGCGCCAAGUGGGACGAUCAGGGCCGUCGAUUCCUUGUCAGUUUCUUGGAAGGCGGCGUCGGAGAAAUCCACGUCCCCCAAAAUUACACCCCUGACGUCGUAUUACAAGAGGUCACAGUCGUCAAAGACUCUGACUUGACCGGGAAUGCUUCCAACGGCAUCGCCCUUGACCGGCCCAGAAACCGGCUGCUUCUGGCCGUAGCCGACGUGCUAGGAAACCGAUAUAGUGGACUUGCGGCUUAUGACUUGUCCACGUGGAAACGGCUCUUUCUAACCAAGCUGAGUGGCCCUGGAGAUGAGAAAUCCAUGGCAGAUGAUGUUGCAGUAGAUGCAGAUGGUAAUGCGUACGUGACCGAUGUGAAAGGCAGUAAGAUUUGGAAGGUAGGUGUGGAUGGUGAGUUAUUGUCUACCCUCACAAACCCACUCUUCACUCCAAAAGAGUGGUACAAAAGCUUGCUUGGAUUAAACGGAAUUGUCUACCACCCAGAUGGCUACUUAAUUGUAAUUCAUACUCUCAGCGGAAAUUUGUUUAAGAUUGAUCUAGCCAAGGGAGAUGAAGUGAAGUUGAUUGAAGUUGCCGGUGGUCCACUAGCAUUUGGCGAUGGUUUAGAGCUGAUUUCUCCUACUAAGCUUGUAGUUGCCGCCGGAAACCCUUCUGGGAGAUUGGUGGAGAGCACCGAUGGAUGGGAGACGGCUUCCGUCGUGGCAAAGUUUAAGGGUCCUAUGCAUCGUUUAGCCACGGCGGCGACUGUGAAAGAUGGGAAGGUUUAUCUCAACCAUAUGUUUGGAAUGGGGUACCCCAGGAAGACACAUGCCCUUGUUGAGUUUGUUCUGUAAACUUGAAGUUGAACAAUCUAAUUGGUGUAUAUGGAUCUGGACUUGCACUUACACGAUAUAAUUUAUCAAAAUUUCAACUUCCAAGAA